GUUUUAAAUUUUAAUCGCUUUUAAUAAUGCAGUUUUUAUAUUAUUGUUUGGUGUUCCUCUCGACCGUAUCCGUCGCGGUAUUAUUCGAAGUCAAAAAGAUAUACGUCAUCGAACGCGAUUUCAAGACAGGUCUGUUGAGAGCUCGCCGACAAAACUUACCGGUGCAGUCACACACCGUGGCCCGGAUCGGAGGCCUGCAUGACCAUCACCAUCACCAGCAAAAUAUGUUCUCGGCGACCGCUGUGUCACCGCCGCCACUGCAAUCGGCGGCGACGGGUGGCCAGCUGCAACAGCCGACGGACUUGGCGUCCACGGUGGACCUGACAGCCGACAGCCGGGCGCCCAUCGAUUAUCUUACGCCGCCUCCGAACGCCGACUUUCAGUUCCUACAGCAAAGCUUCCCGGCCGGCGAACCGUCGACGCCGAACCGGCCAGAGUCACACGUCCAAAACGUGCAAGCGCCGCCGCCACCGCCGCUCGUACCAUUGACUGCACCGUCGGCACCCGUGGCGGUGCAUACGUCGCCGUUUACGCCCAGCGGAGGAGCAGGAGGCGGCGGCGGCGGCUUUCCUUCGGCUCAGGCUCAACCGCCACCGUCACAUGGGACGUCACUCAUCGGUUCGCUCGCGGUGCAGACGUCGUCACCCAGUAACCAGGUGCACAGCCUGACGUUCGCCAACCCGCCACUAGAACAGUUCACUCCGUACACGCCUUCGCUGCAGGCGAACGACCCCGCGGCCAGCCAUCAGCAACAGCAGCAGCAAAACGGCGGUCGCUGGGAACUGGGAUUCGACGCUAGCGAGAUACUCACACCCCCGUUCUUGGGCGGCCCGGAACAGCCGCCCGGUGGUAGUGGUCAGACAUUCUUCCAGCAAGAUUUUGGUCAGGAGACAGCGAGUUCGGUGCGCAACAACAAACAGUACCCGGCGAGCAGCGGCGGAUCUUUGUUCUUCGGCGGCGGUGGCGGAAGUGGCGGUGGAGGAGGUUUCGACGCCUCCUCUGCAGCCAACACCAAGUUCACGCCACUAGACGCCGUCAUACGGCCGUCGUUGUCCAACAAAAACGUGUAUUGGGGCACGCCGAAGACCGCUCAACAACAGCCCCUCAGGCCGCCACCGUCGUUCGCCGAACCGAAUGCUUUCCGGUUCAACAACAACAACAACAACAACAACCAUUUGCACCAACUGCACCACAACAAUCACGGCCCGCACCAUCACCACCAGUACGUGGACGCGUUCCAGAUGCCGUUCACUGGCCAGUUCGACGGGCCGUUGUCGCAGGGCACAGUCGCUGAUCACGUGGUGCACAGUUCGUUCAGGAUCAAGCGGCAGCUGCAGGACGCAGGACCCCCGCCGUCGGAAGCGGCUGAGCGCCGCGGUGACGACGAUCGGUUCGGUGACAGGAAACCCGUUUACAGUUUUGUCAAGACGGACAGGAACGGAAAUUUCAAAUGGAGUGUCAGACACGGUUACUGAAACCCAUUCAAUAUCGGCCGCCGCGCCCGCUCAAUCGUUACGAUUACCUACCUAUAUAGUAUAUAAUAUAUUAUAUUAUAUUAUAAUAUUACGAUGGUAUUAUAAAUUAUAAUAUACUGUAUUAUAUUAUAUUGUCAUA